AAAAGGGGUUUUCGGUAAGUAGCGCCAUGCUGAAAUCAACAUGAAAGGGUCUUGGUCAGUCAUUUGUUUAGUGUCCGGACUGUUGGUCGCGGGUACAUGGUGCACUUCUGAAAGCAAAAUGGUAAACCCACGAAUUAUCGUCGUUGGCGCUGGUGCUGCCGGUGUUGCCGCGGUUAGCAAACUCUACCAGAGUGGCCUCACGAAUGUAACACUUCUCGAGGGGUCUCAUCGUUACGGUGGCCGUAUUGGAACCACUCCUUUUGGGCGGGAUGGUGGCGUGGUAGAGCUCGGUGCUCAGUGGUGUCACGGUGAGAAGGGAAAUGUGGUGUACGAACUGGCAUCCGCCAUUCCCGGACUACUAACAUCUUCAAUCGCGAAAAACAAUCUCACGCUGGUUCGUUCAAGUGGGGAACGGAUCGAGAAAGAGGUCUUCCAGCAGCUGAUAGCAUUGGCAGAAGAAGUGGAGGAAUCCGAUGGAAGAGAAGUCUUUGAAGGAAGCUUUGGUGCCUUUUUUAUACAAAAGUUCUGGGAAAAGUUGGAGGCCAACACGACCUACCGGGACAUUGAUCGUGAGACGGCAGAACAAUUUCUUGUCUACUACCACAACUACUACCGUGGUUACAAUGCUUUCGACUCUUGGUACGAUGUGGCCGCUCAUGAAACCGAUCAUUUUGAGAUCACCGAAGGAGACCAGCUACUCGCUUGGACCGGGCCAAAAGGGUUCUCUACGAUACUGGACAUCUUAUCGGGUAACCAUCCGGGGUCUAGUGCUAGCGUACGUGUGCCAUUGAAAACGAUCACAGUCUUUAACCAAUAUGUGACCAACAUUGAGUGGCUUGGUACACCGAAUGGAACCGUCAUCGUAUCCUCCGAGGAUGGCACUCGCUAUGAGACCGAUCACGUAAUCCUAACGGUGUCGUUGGGUGUGCUGAAGGCAAACCAUCGUACCAUGUUCACGCCGUCCAUUCCACCGGUCAAUCAAAACGCCAUCGAAGGUAUUCACUUCGGGGCAGUCAACAAAGUGUUUCUUUACUUCGAUGCCCCGAUUCCGUCACAGUUUGGAAAUGCUAUCAGUUUACUAUGGUUUGAUAAGGAUCUUGAAGCACUGCGUCAGUCCAACCAUGCCUGGGCGGAGGCAGUAUCCUUCUUCUACCGAGUGGAUGCUCAACCAAACGUAAUUAGUGCCUGGUUGAACGGAGUCGAAGGCCGGGCGUCCGAGCAGUUACCGGAUGCGACCAUUCAGGAUGGAUUACUCCACCUUUUAAGUAUCUUUGCACGUGGCGUAGACUUUGGAAACGUUAAAGCCAUUCUUAGGUACUGUUUGGAUGGAUGUGCUGUAUGGUUCAGCAAUUUGAACAAAUUGGUUUUGCUCUUCAUUUUAGAUCUAACUGGUCAUCAAAUCGUCUAUUCCUCGGCUCGUACUCUAGCCGUUCGAUUAUUACGGAGCGGUUGCAGACCGGGGCUAAAUAUUUGGCCACUCCUUUGGCAGACUCGGAGGGGAAACCGCUCGUCUUGUUUGCUGGAGAAGCAACCUCGGAAAAAUAUUACUCCACCGUACAUGCUGCGGUAGAGAGUGGCCAGCGUGAAGCGAAGCGUUUGAUUGAUCUCUACAAU